AUGGAGAUGGAGGAGCGCAGCGCCCUCACGGCCGGUGGAGCUCUGCUUGAUGCUCCCGCCGGCGUCGCUGCCUGCUGGGCUGAUGGUUGCAGCGGCGGCUUUGAUUAUUCGGCGGCGACGUCCCCGUUGUACACGCCCCUAGCUGCCGGUGCCGAGGACGACGACCUGAUCCGCACGUUGCUCCCGGAGGAGGUGACCGUGUCAAGCGUCAUCGCGAGGGCGGUCGGCACCGGGCACCACAUGCUCAAGGUGGAGGGCUACUCGCGGCUCAAGCACACGCGCGGCGACAACGACAGCCCCCUCCUGUCCGCCGAGUUCAGGGCCGGCGGCCACACCUGGAAGAUCCGCUGCUACCUGGACGGGGCGCACAAGGAGGACGCCGGCUUCGUCUCGCUGUACUUGUCCCUCGCCGACCCCGGGACGAGUGCCGCCAUCCAUGCCGAGGUCGAGUUCGAGCUGGUUGACCAAUGGCCGCUGCUGCCGCUCUGGUGCCGGCACCGGAAGCGCUUGCAGGUCACCGUCGUCGAGGAGCAGGGCGCCAUGGAGGAGGAGGUGCAGGCGGAGGACAUGGAGAGGAUGGGUGUGGUCUGGCAGUGUAAGGACGGCUCGUGCAACAAGCUCCACCGCGCGAGGCCGGCCCAGACCUAA